AUGAUGUUCGAGCAUCUGAAAGAGCGGCUCCAGUCCGUGCAGCAGGACUUCAGCUCCGGGUUUAAGACUCUAGGGGACAAGUCCAAAGAAUCCAAAGUUACACGGAAACCACGAACGUGUACCGAGGAGACGUCUGUGCGAAAGAGCAGCAUCACGGGGGAGGAGGGGGAUGAGGAUGAGGAGGAGAGGGAUGAAGAGGAGAGCAGUGACCUGGAGCUUGAGGAGGAGGUUUUGCCGGACGCUACCCUGGACCUGUCCUGA